GUGAUUGACUGCAAUAAUGGAAGGAAAGAACGUAUUUAAAGCAAUUGAUUGGUUCUUACCAAACCUAUAAUGUCAUUGGCUGGAUCAGAAAUCACCCAAUUAAAGAAGAGAGGUGUGUCCUUUGCUGCCUACAAAUAAUAGUGCUUGUGGGUACGGGAGUCAUAUUCUACAAUAGUUGUCAGUAGGUCAUGUCUGGAAGAGGUAAACAAGGCGGCAAGACUCGUGCUAAGGCAAAGACUCGCUCAUCUCGGGCCGGGCUGCAGUUUCCAGUCGGCCGUGUUCACAGGCUCUUGAGGAAGGGCAAUUAUGCCGAGCGGGUGGGAGCCGGAGCUCCGGUCUAUCUCGCCGCAGUGCUCGAGUACCUGACCGCUGAGAUCCUGGAGUUGGCCGGCAACGCUGCCCGGGAUAACAAGAAGACCCGCAUCAUCCCCAGGCACCUGCAGCUCGCUGUGCGCAACGAUGAGGAGCUCAACAAACUGCUCGGAGGAGUCACUAUCGCUCAGGGCGGGGUCCUGCCCAAUAUCCAGUCCGUGCUGCUGCCCAAGAAAACCGAGAGCUCCAAGCCGGCCAAGAGCAAGUGAAGUGCCCGCUCCCAGCGCCCCCAUUAGGGAACAACACAAAGGCUCUUUUCAGAGCCGCC